AUGGGAAAUUGUGCAUCUUUAUCCUCAGAUAAACAACUCAAGGAAACUGGUAUUAGUUCUCAAUCUUACCAUACUGACAAUAAUGAUAAGUUAUCAAAUGUAAAUGUAAUUUGUCAUACUGGUCAUAUUGGAAUUGUUGAAUUACGUAGUGGAAAAGUGGAUCCUGAAAAAAUUAAAAAAGAAAUGGCAGAAAUUGCAGCAACUUUAAAUAUAGAUGAACCAGAAAUAACAGAUCGAUCUGUCGAAGAAUUUAAAAUCAAGGAGAAUAACGAUAAUGGUGGAGAAUUUUUAUCUCUAAAAGAAGAAAGCUAUAUUGAUAGUUAUAAUCCUUCGACUGGAAAGGUUCAUGCAAAAAUUCCAGAUUCUAGUAAACAAGAAAUAGAUCAAGCAGUACACGCUGCUCAAAAAGCAUUUUUAAAAUGGUCAAAAACAUCAGUACAAAUCAGAUCAAAAAUUAUGUACAAAAUAGCAGAUUUACUUGAAGCUAGAUUAAAUGAAUUUGCUGAAGCUGAAGUACAAGAUCAAGGCAAAACUAUUACUUUUGCAACCAAUGUUGACAUUAAUAGAUCGAUCUAUAAUUUUAGAUAUUUUGCUGGUUACAUUCUUCACACACAAGAAAAAGCUCAUGUGUUGGAUGGUGUUUCAUUAAGCUAUGUUCAAAGAUAUCCUAUUGGCGUAGCUGGAUUGAUUUCCCCUGAAUCUGGUUUACCUGAUGGUGUUGUUAAUAUUGUGUUUGGAUCAGGAUCAAAUGCAGGUCAAGCUUUAGUUUCUCAUCCAAAAGUUCCAUUAAUCUCAUUCACAGGAGGAACUGUGACUGGAAAAAAGGUUCUUGAAACGAGUGCGCCAUUUUUCAAAAAACUUUCAUUGGAACUUGGUGGAAAAAAUCCCAAUAUAAUUUUUGAUGAUUGCGAUUUUGAUAAUGCUGUUGACACAAGUAUUAAAGCAGCUUUUAGUAAUCAAGGAGAGAAAUUGAUUGUUGGCGAUCCUAAAGAUUCCAGAACUCAAGUUGGUGCAUUGGUUAGUAAACAACAUAUGGAAAAAGUGCUUGGAUAUAUUGAGUUAGCAAAACAAGAGGGUGGUGUUAUUGAGUGUGGUGGUAAACGUAAAUUGAUGGAUGAUGGUGAAUUGUGUGGAGGUUAUUUCGUUGAGCCAACAGUUAUCACAAAUGUUAAGCCAUCUUGUCGUGUAGCACAAGAAGAGAUUUUUGGACCUGUUGUGACUAUUCAUACAUUUGAAAGUGAGGAAGAAGUUAUAGAGUAUGCAAAUGAUACUGAAUAUGGUUUAAGUUGCUCGGUAUGGAGUGGAAAUGGUAAACGUGCAAGGCGUGUUGCUGAAGCAAUACAAGCGGGAACUGUAUGGGUAAAUUGUUGGUUGAUUAGAGAUCUGGGAUUGCCAUUUGGUGGAGUAAAAAAAAGCGGUAAUACAACUUUUGCAUUACCUAAAUUCUCAAUUACAUCUGAUAACAAUAAUAAACGUGACGAAAUACAACCUUUACCAUUAGGAGUGGGUACAGGAGCACAAUUAUAUGAUGGAGAACUACCAUUAUCGUGUGGUGGGCCAAAAUUUAUUGAAAGUGGUGGUGAAGCAUAUGACAAUAAUUAUGAAUAUUGUAGCCAAGAAAGCCAUUCGGUUCAAUGCUGUGAUGAUUGCAGCGAACAACUAUCAUGGUCUAAUCAAGGUGAAAAUUCUUAUAUGGUUGCCUGCCGGCGCGAUCCUUUAUAUAUGAGUUAUUGUGAUCAAUCUAUGGAUGAUUACCAAGGAGCUGGUUGUCAUAAUAAUCAAUAUGCUGAAAGUUGUGAUGAACAAAAUAAUGUUUUGUAUGGUGAUGGUUAUCAAAAUUCUUUAUCUCCUGAAUUACGACAACAACAAGUCUCUAGAACUUCACUCGACGAAGAGGCUUUAGCUGAAUAUGUACGUAUUUUGUAUAAACUUGAUCUAUUUGUUGAAAGUGAUUAUACAGUUGUACUUUUUACGGGUGGGGCAAAACAUAAACCAGGUUGGACAUGGAUGUUCAAAGCAUACAAGAGUUUAAGUAGAAAUUUAUCACAAUUAGCUAUAUAUGUUCCUAUUACACAAAUUGAUAUACCCCCAGCCGUCUAUGAACAUAAUUUAAAAUUUGAAGAUAAAAUAACUUUACCACCUUCACCCAAUUAUGAUGAAGAUGAAACAUCAGUGUUUAACGUUCCCAUUGAAACAUUGAUGGGUUUAGAAGGCGAAAAAGGAUUACCCAGUGUAGUCAAAGAAUGUGUUACAUAUUUAAGAUCUGAAGGCGUUUUUCGUAGAUCGCCUAGUUCAUUAUUAUUGAAACAAGCAAUGGCAGCAUAUAACAGAGGAAAUCCUGUUAAUCUAGAAGAUUAUGGUGUUCAUGUAGCAGCAGUACUUUUAAAAAUGUUUUUUAGUCAUUUACCAAUUGCAGUCUUUCCAGCAGAGACCUAUGAUGCACUUAAGUUUAUACAAUCAAAACCAGAUUACGUGAAAAGAAUUGAAUACAUCAGAUCAUCAGUUUUCCCAUUAUUAUCACCUGCUGUGAUUGUUCUUUUGAGAUAUGUCUGCUCACUACUUCACGAAAUUUCUAAACGUCAUGACAAAAAUCUAAUGACACCAUAUAACUUGGCUGUUGUGUUCGCUCCUAAUCUGGUACACAGCGGAAAUCCAAAGAUUGAUAUUCAACAUUGUUUAUUAAAUCCUAAUGACCCAAAUGUUGGUGGUGGUGUUGGAUUAUUGAUGAGAUUGGCAAUAGAAUAUUUUGAUUUGAUGUUUGAAGGUUACGAUGAACAAAAAGAUAUAAUUAGAGAAAUUUUUACAGAAAAUGGUGUUGGAUCUGGCGUGGAGGUCAAUGGGAUACAAGUACAAGGAAUGGUCAGCAAGAGUCAACCAAGUACACCUUUAGUAGAAAAAUCAAAUAAGCUUGAAUCUGAUUACGGAUUAGAAUGUCAAUUCGGUGAUGAUCUGAUAGGUGAAGAAAUAAAAGGUCUAGAUUUACGAUUUCAUUAUAAAGGGAGGUGGCAAAGCUUGGAUGGUAUUGAAACAAUUGACUUUAUAAUUCGAAAAAAUCCACCAUUUGAUCUGGUAUUAGGACAAGAUUGGUUAUGGAUACAUAAAGCAAAAAUAGAUGGUAUGAGUAUUCCGAUCAAAAACGAUUUUAACAAAGUCAGCUCUAGUAAAAAUAAAUCAUUAGACCAUUCUGAUUCUAGAACAGAGACCGAUUCAUCAGAAUCCAAUUCUUACAAUUGUCCUCAAAAGAAGAAGAGCAAAGCUGACCAUUAUACGACUGCCUCUGGUGAGAGUAAACUUGGCCUAAAAUUGGAGGAGCUUACGAAUAUGAUUAAGAAAUCUCUUUCUGAUGCCGAAGAUAAUAUGCACAUGACUGUAUCUGCAAAGAAACACCCUAUUCGAAAGCGUAAAGUGAAGGGUAAAAUUAGCUGGAGGUUGGCAAAUGCCUAA